AUGGUCAACGCAAGUGCUUCGCUGCCUGACUUUACCGGCAAGACCAUCGACGGCGGUCGCAUCAAACUUCUGGAAGUAAUCGGCACGGGUGCCUACGGCGUUGUCUACGGUGCCCUCGACACACGACCUUCCGUGCGCCCCGGAGGCAAACGAUACGCGGUCAAGUGUCUCCAACGCGACCUCCCUCCCAAGCAAAGACGCUUCCAGGCGCGCGAAUUAGCUCUACACGCCGUGGCCUCCGACCAUCCGAACGUCCUCACCCUCCACGGCGUCAUCGAAGAAGAGCACUAUGUCUACCUGGUUCUGGAUCUUUGCCCUGGCGGUGAUCUCUUCGGCGCUAUCACUGAACGACACGUUUAUCACCGGAACGACGCGCUACUUAAGAAGGCUUUCCUGCAGCUGCUCGACGCAGUUCAAUGGUGUCAUGAUAGAGGUAUCUUCCAUCGCGACCUCAAGCCUGAAAAUAUUCUCUGUUCAGAAGACGGUAGCCGGCUCUACUUAUCGGACUUUGGACUCGCCACAAAAGAGCCUGUCAGUCGCGACUUUGGAUGCGGCAGCUCAUAUUACAUGAGCCCCGAAUGCAUAGGAAAGGAGUUCGAUCUGGGUGCCUAUUCGACUAGGCACAGCGACAUCUGGUCCCUAGGCAUCAUCCUCACCAACAUGAUUACCGGAAGAAACCCCUGGCGAUGGGCCACCACGGACGACGAGUGCUUCAGCGCCUACCUCCACAACCGUGACUUUCUACAGGAAAUGCUACCGAUAUCCAAGGGCACGAACCGGAUUCUCCGGCGGAUCUUCACGCUCAACCCGCACUCCCGCAUAACCAUCCCUGACCUCAGGGAAGCGGUACUGAAGAUGGACAGCUUC